UCUAGUCCUUCAACAUUACCCUCAGCUCGACGGGUCAGUCUUUGUGACUAUUGAGAUGGAGCAGAGUUUGGAGAUUGAGGAUCCUGAUGGCAAAUUUAUGGUCACCGCCUUUGAUGCCAAUCAUUGUCCCGGAGCUGUUAUGUUCUUAUUUGAAGGGAUAUUUGGUAACAUUUUGCAUACUGGAGAUUGCAGACUUACUAUUGAGUGUUUAAGAAGAUUGCCAGAAAAGUAUGUCGGGAAGAAAGGAAGAGAGCCUAGGUGUCCACUUGAUUGUGUUUUCCUGGAUUGUACUUUUGGUAAGUUCCCAUCGAGGAUGCCCACCAAGCAGUCAGCAAUCCAACAGGUCAUAAACUGUAUAUGGAAGCAUCCUGAUGCCCCAACAGUGUAUUUGACAUGUGAUCUUCUUGGACAAGAGGAUAUCCUAGUGAACAUAUCCAGAACUUUUGGGUGUAAGGUAUAUGUUGAUAAAGUGAAAACUCCACAAUUUUUCCAGACUCUAGAACUUUUGGUGCCUGAAAUUCUCUCUCAAGACCCAAUUUCUCGUUUCCAAAUGUUUGAUGGAUUCCAUGGACUAUAUGAGAGGGCAGAAGCAAAGAUUGCAGAAGCUCGGGCAAAUCAUCAAAACGAGCCUCUAAUAAUCCGUGCUUCUUCACAGUGGUAUGCAUGCGGUGACAAAGAGUGUUCAGAUAUGCAGAAACAGAAAAAGGAAAGGUUUGACCAAGCAGUGAGAGAUACAUCGGGAGUGUGGCAUGUCUGUUAUUCAAUACACUCUUCCAGGGAAGAACUGGAGUGGGCCCUACAGAUUCUUGCUCCCAGAUGGGUUGUUUCGACUACUCCCACUUGCAGGGCUAUGGAACUGGAUUAUGUGAAGAAGCAUUGCUUUACACGUAAGCGUGAUAUGGACGAUCCGUUUUUGAAACUUUUGGAGAUUGAUGUGUGUGCAUCAUCUCAAGGCAUACCGAAAGAAGCUUCUGUCACAUCUGUUGUCACCUCUGAGGGUAAUAGUAAGAUCUUAACCCAACUGGCAGUAUCACCAAGUAGGAAGGUGCAGCAUUUUUCUCCUCCGAGGAGGAAAAGGUUACCCAUCACCUUAUUUGGUAGAGCUAGGCAUGGGAUGGUGGAUCCCUCUUUUGCAGAAGUCAAUAAAGCCUCUAAGGUUUCUGAUAAGAAUCAUGCAUCAGUUGAAAUUAAGAUAGACUUAAGUAAAUCCAAAGAAUCAAAUGAUGGCUUGUCAGAGAAUGUUACUAUGGAGGGGGAGGAGAUAUCACUGGAACUGGAGAUGCAUAAUUAUAAAUCUGAGGAGUGCAACUCAACAGAUGAUAUAAAGGAGCACCAGAGAAAUGUUUCUGAUAUUACACCUAAUGGCUUGUCAGAGAAUGUUACUUUGGAGGGGGAGGAGAUAUCACUGGAACUGGAGAUGCAUAAUUAUAAAUCUGAGGAGUGCAACUCAACAGAUGAUAUAAAGGAGCACCAGAGAAAUGUUUCUGAUAUUACACCUAAUGGCUUGUCAGAGAAUGUUACUUUGGAGGGGGAGGAGAUAUCAGUGGAACUGAAGAUGCAUAAUUAUAAACCUGAGGAGUGCAACUCAACAGAUGAUAUAAAGGACCACCAGAGAAGUGUUUCUGAUAAUACACCUAAUGGAUCGUCAAAGAGCUUUAGUGCAAGCUUGAGAAGGUUAUACCGGUCUAUGAACGUACCGGUACCUGAGCCUCUUCCAUCACUUGUGGAACGUAUGAAUGCUAAUAAAAAACGUGCAAGGUGGUUGUGUAACUUGUGAGUGAGAUAUCCUCUCUACCUUGUGGUUCAGCAUUGUCUCAAAUUGGUUCUUUCUCUACUCUUCUGUGUUUCCAUGGUUAAAUCUGAAGUUCUUUUACAGAAAGUGGGAAGUUCUUAAUGCAAUUCAUAUGGUACACUUUCCUGGGAGCCUUUUAGGCAUUGUUGCAAACCAAGUUUUUUUUUAACUUUGCUGAUAGGUCACUUUGUUCCUGAUUUUUUUUGUACAGAUAGGCUCUUUUUUUUUAUGCUUGCAUAUAUAUUCAAAUUGCAGAGACCAAUUUUGUCCUUGUGGAGAUUCAGGUUAUUAAACAUUGUCUAUGGAAAGCGAUUCUUUCAUUUCCUUUGUAAUAUAAACAAUCAACUUUUUAUGGUUCAUGUCAUCAUGUGCAUGAAUAUAGUUCUCUUUCUACUUGCUGGCGUGUAUUCUGGCGUGUUUUGAAAACUGACAAUGGGUCUAUGUAUAAAAAUAUCUUUAAU